CAGCGCCGGCCGUUUCCCCGGCAAAGCAAAGAGACCAGGGAACGAGGGUCAUUACUCUUCGUUCCCCUCCAUUUCUCCGGAGUCGCGGUGAAUUCGCAGAUUAUAAUCCAGAGGCCGGCCGGCCUUUCGACGAUUAAUCUUCCUCACCCUGCCCAUGUGGUUGCCUGUAUCUCACCCCGAGAUUAUUUUCUGCGCUGCUAGCGAAGGUGGCUACAGCAAUCUGUUGUGUUGGAAGCAAGGAUGGAGCGGUCGGGAUUCAACUUGCAGGCAAAUCCUGCUGAGAACCAAGAAAAUUGGACUCCGGCCAUGUCGGCGGGGAGGGGCAAUAGGCCCCUAACCCUGGGCGAUGGCGCGCACAGCACAGGCUCGCAAAAUCUAGCACCCGGGAGCGGUGCUCAACAAGAUGCCGGCCCCUCCAUCCGAGCGUCCUGUAGCUUGCCUGCAGGAUGCACACAGGUGCCGAUAAGUAUCUUGGUGUUCCAUAGGCGGCGGAAUGAAAGGGGAUCGAGGCCCCGCGUUCCAGGAGAUUCUGAAGCUGCACCUUCUAUUCAGCUUCCCCGAAGUGAUUUCUUUUCACUCGGAAGGGCGUCAAAUGAUGUUGCGAGUGACAUGUCAAAUGGUUUUUCUUGUCCUUCAGCACAAGCCACUCCAGUUAGUUGCAAUUCUGAACAUCCAUCUAUGCAUUCUCAGCCAAAUGGUUUAGAUGCCGAAGCACCCAAUACUGAGAUUCAAGGAAAUGAUGGCCAACUACCAUCAUCAUCAUCAUCAGCAGCAGCAGCAGUUAUCUGUGAUGUCCACAGUAAAUUAGAGUCAGCUAUUCCUUCAAGCACCGAUGAAACACAAGGCCAACACACUAAACAAUUGAUCGAACUACUUGGUGAAGGUGCAACUGAUCACAACAUGCAUAACUACCAGCGGACGCCAAAAAGGCCCAGGACACAACUCAAACAGAAUGAUCCCACAGCUGCGUUCAACGAAAGAACACUGACUGAGAUAGCGAUUCAGAUUGCAAGUACUGAAAAGGUUGAAACAUUCCAGAGUGAGGAUACCCCUGUACGAAAAGCAAAGCCUUGGAGGAAGAAACAUAGAGCAAAGGUAAUACGUGAAGACAAGUCAGGCAAGAAGCAAAACUCUGCAGUUAAAACGCCAGAAGAGAAGUCUCUGAAUCAGAAAGCCAAGAGAAGUUAUGUCCGGAAGAAAAGAAAUCUCAGCUCUCUGGAGAAGUUCCCAGGACCUGUUACCGACCAAUCAAUAUCUGGAGAGACAGAAAAUGCUGCUAGAAGCAGAACUGCAUCAGUUAGAAGAAGACUGCAAUUCGAACUCGGUGAACAAGGAGCGCAGGGAGACCAAUCAUCAACAGGCAACUCAUGUCAACAUAACGAGAAGCUUGCUCAUGCUAAAAGUUCUUUGUGUUUGAUGACUAGAUCAGCUGCGCAGAUUGGACAUGGACUGCAGGCAGACAUGGAAAAUUUACCAGGAGGAUUUGUUUUUGGCAUGACACGCAAACUGAACGAACUGUUAGAUGAGUAUAUACAUUUACCCGAAAUCACACCAAAACCUACACAAGAAAUUUCACCUGCAACUUCUGGAUGCCUUAGCAGGGAACCAGCAGGAAAACAAGAAAGUGUGGGAAGCACUCAUGAUCCUGACACCACAAGGAUGGGGGUAACUAUAAUGGAAGGGAACAACAAGGACUUAGGGGUGAAAUACUCUGACAUUGAUGGUUUUGAUAUGAAUCGCUCUGCUACAUCUAUACCUGAAACAGAAUCCACAGAAAGUCAGGUGACUAAGGUGUCGAAACUGGCCGAAGAGGAACAUGGACAACAACAUAGACAGAGUGAUUCCUCCCUCACCGGUUCACAAGACUCCAUCAUCUUGAGGACUGCUGCUGAGAUGCUAGCAUUUUGCCAAGCUGGUAGGGUAAAAAAGAAGCGAUCGGUCCGAGCCCGUCGGAAUUCGUUUUUUCCUAUUAUGGAUGUUGAGAAGAAUAAUUCCCAAGCACUGACAAGGUUAACUCAGUCAUGCAUGGAGGCCCUGUAUGAAAGUUCCUGCAUUAAAUUUACGACCAAGAAACGUUCAUGGAAGGAACGACUUUAUUCCACCAGUUCCAUUCAACCAAAUAUGGACAAGAAAAACAUGUUUUCGUCUGGAAGCAUUUUUUCUGGUGGAUCUAAUGGGUCAAAAGGAUCAGAUGGAACUUUUCAGCAGACUUUACCUCAGGCUCCAGAUAAUAGAAGAAUCAAGCUUGAUAUCUACUAUGAAGUACCAGAAAGAAGCUCAGAACAUACAUCAACUGUAUCAUAUAUGGAUUAUCUCCAAGAAGUUGCAGCAAGGCUGGAACAACUUGAUUUGAACACCAACCAUGUGCAUAGAACUGGGAUUCAUCCAUCUUUGUCCACGCCCUCUGUUGUCUCAUUCAGAGCAACAGGUGGUGUGUCAAAUUCUCUUGUGCCAUAUAGUGGCCUCCCGUACGAGAGGCCGUUGCAUUUAAUCAAGAAGCAGCGCCCUCGAGCUAAAGUUGACUUGGAUUAUGAGACCACAAGAGUUUGGAACCUUUUGAUGGGGAAAGCAGCCGAAACUGUAGAUGGGACUGAUGUUGACAAAGAGAGAUUCUGGCAGAAAGAAAGAGAUGUUUUUCAAGGCCGUGCUAAUUCAUUUAUAGCACGAAUGCGACUAGUUCAAGGUGACAGACACUUCUCUCCUUGGAAAGGAUCAGUAGUUGACUCCGUAGUAGGAGUAUUCCUCACCCAGAAUGUAUCUGAUCAUCUUUCAAGCUCUGCCUAUAUGGCCCUUGCUGCGAGUUUUCCUCCAGGGUCUGUCGAUAGCAAUUGUAAGGAUGGUAUUACCAGUCAAGACAAUGAAGAAAUCAUUAGCACGAGCGCAGUAGGAGACAUAAGCAUGUUUGACUUUUUUGGUAGUGCUGCAAGAUCAGAUCUAGAAGCAAAUGAGGGUUUUUGCAUCCACCAAGAGACAGAAAUAGACCAUAGAGCACACCAGUUUCUAGAUUUCUCUUCGAUAGAAUUAACUGCAUCAGCAAGAAACCCACCAGAGAAACAGUCCCAGAAGGAUAUGUCAUCUUCUGAGAGUGUUGCAGUUUCCAAAACUGUUCUUCAAACACAGUUAUCUUUGAGUCUGGGAAAAAAUUGUGCACCUAGAUAUUUUGUUGGUGGUGUCGAUGGUGCAGCUUUUCAGCAGCUGAAAAGCAAUUUUGGUGGAAAUUCAUUAGCAGGAAAUGAUGCGGCAACCAAUGAACUUGAAUGCCGAAGAAUCGAAACAGGAGCUAUGAAUGACAAUGGUGUAGGUGAACAAGUGAUUCCCUCUACUUCUGUGAUGUAUCCAUUUAUCUCAGUUGAUAAUCGACAACCAGAUGUGGCAAAUGAACCAUAUGUUUCUUCGACAUCGCACAAGAGUGCCACAGAUUCUGCGUCAGCACACCCCAAAAAUGGCGUAGUUGAGGAGAAAUUUUCUCUUCUCAUGCCAUUUGAUAAUCACAAGACUGUGGCCCCUACACUAACUACUCCCGAAACAAGCACAGAUCUUCCAGUCGAACUGCAGUACGACAAAAGGACCGGUUCUGAAGCAUCAGACUUGCAGCAGCAUGAAUCACUCUCUGUUACCGGUGGAGAUGGAAUGAUAGCAGAUACAGCAAGCAGGGCGGAUGAAUCUACUUUAAGAUCUGGUUUUAUUUCCCACAAUGCAGUGCCAGAUAAAGCAGCACAAGCAUCAAAGCCAAAGAAAACAAGAACCACGAAUAAAAAAAAUAUGGAAAAUUUUGACUGGGAUAAAUUUCGAAGGCAGGCUUAUGAUGACGGUCACAUGAAUGAAAGAUCUUUUGAAAGAAGAGACUCCGUUAAUUGGGAAGCAGUACGGUGUGCAGAUGUACAAAGAAUUUCUCACGCUAUUCGGGAACGAGGAAUGAACAAUGUUUUGGCAGAGCGAAUCCAGAAUUUCCUGAAACGUUUGGUCAGAGAUCAUGGAAGCAUUGAUCUUGAAUGGUUAAGAGAUAUCCCCCCUGACUCAGCAAAGGAUUACUUACUCAGCAUACGUGGACUGGGACUCAAAAGUGUUGAGUGUGUUCGUCUUCUGACAUUACAUCAUCUUGCCUUCCCUGUUGACACCAAUGUUGGCCGCAUAUGUGUAAGACUGGGAUGGGUGCCCAUUCAACCUCUUCCUGAAUCUCUACAGUUACAUCUCCUCGAGCUAUAUCCUGUCUUGGAGACUAUACAAAAGUACCUUUGGCCUCGUCUGUGCAAACUUGAUCAGCAAACACUGUACGAGCUCCAUUACCAGAUGAUUACUUUUGGAAAGGUGUUCUGUACCAAAAGCAAGCCAAAUUGCAAUGCAUGUCCAAUGAGAAGUGAAUGUAAGCAUUUUGCAAGUGCCUUCGCAAGUGCACGGCUUGCACUUCCCGCGCCUCAGGAGAAAAGCUUGGUGAAGUCGAGCAAUCAAUUCAGUUUCGAGAAUGGUGGCUUGCCCACUCGGAAUUCAACUGUUCUGCCUCAACUCGAGGGAAGUACCUUUGGAAGGGAUUUUCCUGCUAACAACUCUGAGCCAAUAGUUGAGGAACCAGCAAGUCCAAGGGAGGAAGAAUGUCCAGAAACUUUAGUAAAUGAUAUUGAAGAUUAUGAUGUAGAUACUGGUGAAAUCCCAACAAUAAAGCUUAACAUGGAGACUUUUGCUCGGAACUUGGAAAAUUGCAUUAAAGAAAGCAAUAAUGACCUGCAGUUUGGUGAUAUCGCAAAAGCACUUGUUGCUAUUAGCACUCAAGCAGCUUCGAUUCCAGCCCCUAAACUAAAGAAUGUGCACAGGCUUCGGACAGAGCACUAUGUUUAUGAACUUCCAGAUUCGCACUCUCUCGUGCAACAGCUAGAACUUGACCAACGGGAACCUGACGAUCCAAGUCCUUACCUGUUGACCAUAUGGAUGGAAGAUGACAUAAAGGAAAUGAGCAAGGCAUCAAAAUCAUGCUGUGACUCUGAAGUGGAAACUGGCUUUUGUAAUAAUGAGUGUCACUAUUGUGUGCCUGAGAGAGAAAAUCAAUCUAGAUAUGUCAGAGGCACGAUUCUGGUUCCGUGUCGAACAGCUAUGAAGGGCAGUUUCCCACUUAAUGGCACUUAUUUCCAAGUUAACGAGGUAUUUGCUGAUCACAAAUCUAGCCACGAUCCCAUAUAUGUUGCAAGGGAGCAGUUAUGGAACUUGCAAAGGCGUAUGGUCUACUUUGGGACCUCAGUGCCGAGCAUAUUUAAAGGUCUAACAACUGAAAAAGUACAACAGUGCUUCUGGAGAGGAUUUGUCUGUGUGCGAGGAUUUGACAUGGAAACUAGGGCACCAAGGCCUCUAUGCCCCCAUUUGCACCUUGCAGCAAGCAGAUUGCCCAGAUCACGCAAGACAGCAGAAACUGGUCAAAACUCCAGUUCAGCCAAGACAGCAGAAACUGGUCAAAACUCCAGUUCAGCCAAGACAUCAGUUUCAUAAAUAUGAUGGCAAUGGUAAAGCAUUGGCUCUCGAUCUGUGCAUUGGUCAUAUCAGUUCCGGCCGGACGACAGCCAAUCUUCUAGGAAAUGAAACAUGGAAAUAGGAACCUGGAAAUCACUUGGCCUGAGACAGCCUUCCUCCUAGAAAUAGAACUAUGGAGUAGGAACUUAUUUACUUUCUGUUUGGUUUAUCUGCUGCACUAGCUGGCAAAGGACCUUGUUUAUGUGCCAGAUUUCGUUGUAUAUAUAUGUCAUCGGUUUUCCGUAUUAAGCCUGGCUCACCGACGACCUUUUUUAUGUUACAUCUUUUUAUGUACUCCUGCUCGUAUCAUUGUUAAGUGUGUAAUGUGUAUACUGUAGGACUGGCCCAUAUGAGGCCCAUGUAGACAUGUACAUAGCAAACUAUCACUAAGGAAUACAGUAUGGAAUUCCUGAUUUCCCCAUUUUGUAAGAUGGUAUCAGAGCCACGAACCCUAGCCACCAUCUCCCGUCACUGAUCUUCUCCGGCGAGUUUGCCGCCGGGCGGUCAGGUCUCUGGCGAGUACCUCUCUCUCCGCCCUCAGGCGAGUGCCUCUUUCCUUCCCCGAUUUGCUGCUGCUCGAGCUUCUUCUCCGUUUGCUACUGCUGGAGCUUGUUCACCGAUUUGCUGCUGCUGGAGCUUCUUCUCUGAUUUGCUGCUGCUGGAGCUUCUCCACAGCCGCCAUUUGCUGUUCUUGGAGCUUCUUCUCCGAUUUGCUGCUGUUGGAGCUUCUCCACAGGCACCUCUGGAGAUUCUGCUCACAGCCUGAGUUCUUGGUUGUUGCUUCUGCUGCAGCUUGCAUUGAGGUGUGUGUGACAUCUCUUGUUAGUCUUAUUGACUAUGGCAUCAGACCCCUUCCAUGGGACUGGUUCUCUUAUGACCUCAGAUAUCAAGCUUGAUGGCCUGAAUUACCGUGAGUGGGCUGCAUCUAUUCGUAUGCAACUUCGAUCCAUUGGUAUGGCAUCUCACCUCACUGAUGAGCUUCCAGAUAACAGCAAGGAUGAUGGUAAGAAGUUUUCUGACUGGCAGCGCACUGAUAAUCGUGUGAUGGGCUUCUUGUGAAUAAAUGCUGAAGUUUCCAUUAGAAUGAAUUUCAUCGAUCUCCCUUCUGCAAAGAAAAUGUGGGAGUACCUUCAGCAGCGUUAUCAACAAAGUAGUGCAGCUCUUCGCUAUUCCAUUCGACAAAAUCUCCAGAACCUUCAGCAGCAGGAUAUGUCAGUUGAAGAAUUUCAUAGCUCUUUCACAAGGUUGUCGAGACAGCUUGAUUCCAUGGUGCCAAAGGCCUGCUCAGGAUGCAAAGAGUGCGCAGCUAAGGAGUUGUACGAGGAGCAAAAUAUAAUGUUUGAUUUUGUGAUGCGACUUAGGCCAGAUUUUGAGCAAAUAAGAGGUCAGCUUCUUAGCCGAACCGAGCUCCCAAACAUGGCAGUGCUCUCUCGUCUUUGCUUGCUGAGGAGACCCGCCUUCGCUCACUUGCCUCAUCUUCGGUGGCUCUUCCGCAUGUGCUUGCUUCUUCGGUCGUUCCUCAGCUUGGAGUUGCUGCUGCCCCCUCUUUUAGUGAGAUUAUUUGCUCUCACUGCAAGAGGCCUGGCCACCGUGUUCAGAGAUGUUUCAAGUUACACCCGGAGUUGCUGGCCGAGCUAAGGGCCAGGCGUGGUGCUUCUCAGGGGGGUGCGCCUCGGCGUGCGACCAAUGUCCCUUCAGCGUCUGCAGCUUCAGUCAUGACUGUUCAGCCUGAGAUGAGCCAUCAAUUGUCCGGUGGUUCAGCAGCGUCUACUCCUGCACUAGGAUCGUCAAACCCGAGCACUCGUUGGUACUGGCCAUUGCCGUAGACGUUCUCCUGGACUCAGUGGCCAUCAGCGUAGACGUUCUCCUGAACUCUAUGUUCUUGAUCACUUGAGUCUACCGUCGUCAUCCUUUUGCCCUGACACUACUUCAGAUUCAGCCUUAGCUUUGGGAUCUGCAUCCUCUGCUAUGUUUCCUUUUGUGGCAUCAUCGUUUGGGACAUUUGUGUGGUUCCCGCCUAUCUACCUUAGUCCAUGAGGGAGUCCUAGGUCAUGUGUCUGUUGAUCCUAGUUUCGAUUGUAAGGGUUGUAAGCUUGGCAAGCAGAUCCAACUUCUGUACCCUACUAGUAUUUCCAUCUCUAGUUCCCCUUUUGAUCUUAUACACUCUGAUGUUUGGGUCCUGCUCCUUUUGCCUCUAAGGGUGGUCACAAGUACUAUGUUAUAUUAGUUGAUGAUCACUCUCCAUAUACAUGGAUCUACUUUAUGAAACACCGCUCUCAAUUGUUGUCUAUA